AUGCCUACUGCUCUGGUGACGGGCGCCACAGGCCUGGCCGGAAAUGCAAUUGUUCAGCUUCUCUUGUCCAAGCCAGAAUGGACAAAGGUCAUCACAUUGUCCCGGUCUCGUCAGGUCCCUGCCCAUCCAAAGAACACUCAUCUAACCGUCGAUCUCUGCGGAGCCCCUCGCUCGAUUAUUGAAGCCAUCAAGGAUGACGUCCAGGGGCUAGAGUACGUGUUUUUCUGUGCGUAUCUGGCCGAUCCUAACCCCGACCGAGCGUACGAUCUCAACGUGCAAAUGCUACAAACCUUUAUUACCGCUCUACGCCGAUCCAGCGCCAUGGUGACUCUCAAGCGCGUUAUCCUCGUCACUGGCCUCAAGCAAUACGGCGUGCAACUGGGACGGCCGAAACUGCCGAUGCAUGAGACUGACCCCUGGCUGGAAGGGGACCCGUGGCCGAAGAAUUUCUACUACGGCCAACAGAAAACCCUGAUUGAGUCGGCCAGGGAGGAUGGCGAUGGCUGGUCAUGGGUCGUCACCUACCCGCAGGACAUUAUCGGGGUUGCCAGAGGAAACUUUAUGAAUCUGGCGACGGCGUUGGGGCUCUACCUCAGCGUAUCAGCAGCCUCGGGAGAUGGUGAGAUUCCAUUCCCAGGUGCUCGAGAGACUUACCUGGCGUUCAACUGCUGGACUUCGGCGAGGCUACAUGCUGAAUUCUGUGUCUGGGCUGCGCUUACACCUGCAGCCGGUAACCAGGGCUUCAAUGUCACCAACGGGGACACGGAGAGCUGGCAGCACCUGUGGCCCAAGCUCGUGCAGAGAUACAGUGGGAAGAUUCCGCCUGUGAUGUUUCCUGGUGGGGACACGGGGGCCUAUGGGGAUUUUGAGGCCUGGCAUUCCGUCUCACAGUUUACCCCCGCGAUCGCGAAACACGAAGAGAGGAUUGGACUGAAAGGGGAAUUUAGUGGGCGGCCGAAUGUGGUCCAUCAGCAGAUAGAUACGCUAAAGUGGUCGCAGCGGCCUGAGGUUAGAGCCAAGUGGGAGGAGCUCAGGGAGCGAUUUGGGCUGGAGCAGGAAACGUGGGAGAAGGCGACAUGGAGAUUUGCUACUUUCUUGCUCGGACGGGAGUUCUCGUGUGUUGUGAGCAUGAGCAAGGCAAGGAGACUUGGAUGGACAGGGUAUGUGGACACGUGGGAUGCGUUUGAGGAGACGCUUGAUGCUCUGGAGAGAGAGGGGAUAUUGCCUCCUGCCAAUAGAUUGAGAGAGGCAAAUCUCUAG